AUGGUAACCCAUCGAGUUCAUUUUUCAUGGCUUGACUACUACGUCAUUUCUGUCCGUCCUUACGUACCUACGGGCGCCCGUGUACAAACCACAGGGAUCCCGCUUGAUUCCAAAGCAAAACUACUAGCAAACCCGGCGAAUGGACAUUAUGUGCCACCUAUAUUGAAUUUUAUACAUCCUCAAGGUCAACUCACUUUCACCAUUAGAAUCAAAGUGAAAAGGGUAAAGACGAAGUAUUGCCAUCUUGAAACACUUCUCCACAUUGUGCCAAACUUCAAUAACGACAUCAACAUGAAAUUUGGUCUCGCCAAAUGUGUCAAAGCUACUUUCAAGAAAGGUAAACUAACAAAGAAAUCGAACAUUCAAAUUGAUAUUGACACAGUCAUUAAAGAACUUGACCAAGAGAAAACCUACAAGUACCUAGGCAUCGAUGAAAGUGAUGGAAUACAGCAUUCAAAUAUGAAAGAAAAGGUGAGAAAAGAGUACUAUCGAAGACUCCGAUUGGUACUACAGAGUGUGUUGAACGCAGCCAAUAAGAUCCAGGCUAUCAACACCUUAGCAGUACCUGUAGUAUCAUACAGUUUCAACAUCAUCAAAUGGAAGUUAAGUGAAAUCAAAAGAUUAGACGCAAAGGAGAGGAAAUUCCUAACAAUGAACCGCAUGCAUCAUCCUAAAGCGGAUGUUGAGAGAUUAUAUGUCAAGAGAAGAGAGGGAGUUAGAGGACUUGUCCAGAUAGAAAACUCAUACAUUAAGAUCUCAACUAUUGGUCUGGACAUGUACUUCAAAAUCGACGUUUCCAUAAUUGGGAAAACAAAAAGGAUAAAGAGCACCUACAAAGAUCAUCUGCAAAUGAAACAAUGUGAAAAAUGGGAGUCUAAUCCCCUUCAUGACCAGUACAUCAGGCAAGUCAACAAAGCAGAUGUCGACAAACAGAGAACACACAGUUGGUUAAAAGGAACAGAUUUGAAGUCGGAGACAGAGGGGCUUAUUAUAGCAGCACAAGACCAGAAGCUGCCCACAAGGUAUUACGACAAUAAGAUCAUGGGAAAACAUGUUAAUACUAAAUGCAGAAUCUGCGGUGAUCACGACGAGACUAUCGACCACGUCAUAUCUGGAUGUCCUGUUCUUGCAAAGAAGGAAUACAUAGAAAGACACAACAAAGUUGGAAAAUAUGUUCAUUAG